AUGCAAGGCCAAGAACGUUUUGAACGCUACACACCACAAUUUCCUUUACCGGCCGAAAUUUCAAACAUGUCUCGUCAAGAUACGGUGUGUCAAUUUUGUGGCGUUUCAUAUUUAAUUCAUAACGAAAUCAAAGCAUUAGAAGAAAAGUGUCGCAAACUCGAAGCAGACUUGGCGCAUUAUGCGGGAACAAGUUCACGCGAAGCUGCACUGGAGAAAUCUUUACAAACGGAGAAAACACGAGUGACUGAUUUAGAAUCAACAGUUGCAAUCAAUACUCAUAAAAUCAAUGAGAUGACGAGAAAACAUCAGUUAGUACAAGAUCAAUUACAACAGUCUGAGUGCGCUCAUCAGGACACAAAAACAUCUUUUGCACAAUGUUCGUUGACUAUUCGGAAACUAUCAAAUCCCGUCGAAACAAUUCGAAAGGAACAUUUCAUUUUGAAAGAAUUCUAUUCAAAACAAAUCGAUAAUUUCAAAACAGAUUUUCUCACAACUAAAAUGACUCUACAAAAAGAAAUCCAAACAACAUUUGACAAAUAUCUCAAACAAAUGAACGAUUAUCGAAAGGAACUCGAUCAAUGUCAACAACAACUCAGUGAAAGUAAACAAUCGUUUCGAGACCUUCAAGUCAAAUAUCAACAAUUGCAACUCGAUACUAAAGAGUCUCAAACAAAAAUUCAAAACGAUUUCGAAGCAGCCCGCGAGGAAAUUCAUCUUCAUCAGAACGAACUUUCUCAUCUUCACGACAAAUUAUCUCAAAACGAGCAACUCCGCCUUCAAUUACACAAUGAACUCGAACAUCUAAAAGAACAAAGUCAACAAUACCAACAACAGAUCAUCGAUCGAGAUGAAUCGAAGAAAAACAUCGAUCGUCUCGUCAAUCAAUACCGACAAGAACUAACCGAUGAAAAAGAACUUCGAACAAAAGCUGAUUCCGAACUGGAACAUCUCCGAUCGAAGUUGACUCAAUUAACAACUGAAUAUGAAGAGUUGAAUUCUGCGAAGAAAGAAGUAGAAACAAAUGAAAUAAACAAUCGACGAAAGCUAGACGAAGCCAAUCGAUCACGUCAAGCCGUUCUCGACCGAACACGAGAUGAAUACGAGAAAUUACUACGGAAAUACAAUGAUCUCGAUGAAGUUUACCGAGAACUCGUCACUGUUCGAGAAAAAGAAUCAUCAGAAUCCGAUACAAUCCGUCGUGAACUUGAACGUUUACAUAACGAAAAUAUCGAAUUGACUAAACAGAAAGAAACAACGUACAUAACUCAUGAUAUUCAAGUGAAAAAACUUCGCGAAAGUUACGCAGUGAAGUUGCGCGAAGCUGAACAGUGGCCCGAUCGUCUCCAAUCAGAAUUAAAACAUGAACGUGAACAACAGCGCACNAGGGAGCUUUGA